AUUCCUCCACUUCCACCAAUCAUAUGAGAACACCGCUCAUCUCGGUGACGUAACACACGGUGCAAGAACGCUGUACGGAAGUCACGCGCCUCUAGUGGGAGUUUGCAUUUGUCCCUACAUUUCCUCAGGCAUCAUGACCUGCUUGCACCUGCUGUUGAUUUUGGUCUUUGCUGUCAGCUUUGGGACAUCUGUAGAGAUUCAGCGGCCACGAGGAGUGCCACUGACAAAAAAACAGUUUUAUGAGGAGAACAAACCUUUCACCUGUCUCGAUGGAUCCCGGACUAUUCCUUUUGACCAAGUGAAUGAUGACUACUGUGACUGCAAAGAUGGUUCAGAUGAGCCAGGCACUGCUGCUUGUCCGAAUGGCAGCUUCCAUUGCACCAAUGCUGGUUACAGGCCUAUGUUUAUCCCAUCCUCCCGUAUUAAUGACGGCAUCUGUGAUUGCUGCGAUACAACUGAUGAGUACAACAGCGGAGCCAAAUGUGAAAAUACCUGCAAGGAACUAGGACGCAAAGAGAGGGAAGUUUUGCAGAAGAUGGCUGAGGUCACCAAAGAGGGCUUUCUCCUGAAACAGCAGCUCAUUGAGGAAGCCAAGAAAGGACAACAAGAAAAGCAGGGUAAAGUGACUGAUAUGCAGGAAAAUAAGAAACAGCUCGAGGAGAAAGUUGAAGUGCUGAGGACAGUAAAAGAGACAGCAGAGCAGCCUGAGAAGGAAGCUAAAGAGCGCCACCUCAAGGCCUGGGAAGAGCAAAAGGCAGCGAUUCGCUUGGAGAAGGACAAAGCCAAAAUGGCAGAAGCCUUUUUGGAGCUGGAUGACAAUGCAGAUGGCUUUGUGUCUGUUUCUGAGCUUCAGUCCCAUGCUGAGUUGGACCCAGAUGCUGAUGGCACACUUACUGAAACCGAGGCCCAGGGACUGAUGGCAGGAGCUGAGCAGGUGGACACAUCAACAUUUGAGAGUGUUUGGACCAACAUUAAAGACAAGUAUCACUCAGAGUCCCAGCCUGAGGAACCUGCCCCAGUGGAAACGCCUCCAGAUGAAGUGAAGGAACCAGUUGUAGACAAUGACUCCGAGCCAUACCCAGAAGACGACAUCUCUGAGGAAGAAGACGAGGAUGACGAGGAUGACGAUGAUUAUCAUGAAGACGAUGAUAAGGCGCCGCCCACCAGUAAGACCCCAGAGAAGAGUCAUGAAGACGAGGAAUCCAUGCCACCCUAUGACGCAGACACCCAGGCCCUCAUCGAUGCUGCUCAGAAGGCCAGAAAUGACUUUGAGGAGGCUGAGAAAGCUCUUCGGGAGAUGGACGAUCAAAUCAGAAAUAUUGAAAAAGAGCUGUCCUUUGAUUUUGGCCCUGAUGCUGAGUUCACUUACCUUUACAGCCAGUGCUACGAACUUACCACUAGCGAGUACAUCUACAGACUCUGCCCUUUCAACCGGGUUUCACAGAAACCCAAGUAUGGGGGCUCAGAGACCAACCUUGGGACAUGGGGAAGUUGGUCAGGGCCUGAAAAUAAUAAGUACUUGGUGAUGAAAUACGAGCACGGCACUGGGUGCUGGCAAGGUCCGAACAGAUCAACUACAGUGAAGCUGACUUGUGGGAAGGAGACCGUGGUGACCUCGACGUCUGAGCCGAGUCGCUGUGAAUACCUAAUGGAAUUUAUCACUCCUGCAGUGUGCCAAGAGCCAGCUAACACUGACCUCCCGCAACAUGGCCACGAGGAGCUCUAGACUCCACGCUCUGCGUGAAGAUGCAUGGUGUGCCAUGGAGUUGUUGCUCUGUGGGAACAUUAACUUCAUUUCCUGUUCAAGCAGUUUAAGAAUGUGAUGUUUUUUUGUUGUUUUUACUGGGUUAAAAUCGUAUCUCUUCACAUUCCAUGGAUAAUGUUGAAAUAAACUCAACUUUAAAAAAAAUUGUUG